AUGGCCCCUAAAGCAAGGACUUGCCGGAGUAGAGUGGGGCCUAAUUGGGACCAUCACCGGCCGUCGAGGUGUAGAAACUCAUAUUUUUUCAAGAUAAUACUGCCUUCCACCAUGCGUAACAUGAAACUGAGGCUCCCUGAAAAGUUUGUAAGGGAAUAUGGGAAUAAACUCUCCAGUGUUGCUACACUCACUGCUCCUAAUGGUGGCAUUUGGCAAGUAAGGUUGGAGAAGGCUAACAAUAAUAUUUGGUUUUGUGGCGGUUGGCGGGAUUUUGUAGAUUAUCAUUCUAUCAAUUAUGGGUAUUUCUUAGUCUUCAAAUACAAGGGGAACUCAAAAUUCCAUGUUCUUGUGUUUGAUAUAACUGCUACUGAGAUUGAGUAUCCAUCUAAUAGGGAUAAGAAAAGGCAGGGCAAUUUGAAUGAAAAUGAAAUGUCUACUUCACGAGAGUUGUGUGUAAAACAUGAAGUAGAUACAGAAUUGAUUAUUAUAGAAAACUCUCCCAUGUCUUCAACAAGAAGAUCUGUGUUAUCUGGAGGAAGAGAAAGGGCAUUGCAAGCAGCCAGAAUGUUCAAGCCAAAAAAUCCUUCCUUCAUCCGCGUCAUUCAGGCAUAUAAUUUAAAAUUGUCUUAUGUGUAUGUCACCACCGAAUUUGCAAAAAAGUAUGUUCAACGGAAAAUUUCUGUCAAGCUUCAGGCUUCUAGUGGAAAACGGUGGCCCUGCCAGUUUCGUUUCAGAGAUGGUUCAGCUACACCUCAGACAAUCGGCAAUGGAUGGAAAUCAUUUGUUAGAGACAAUGGUAUAAAGGUAGGGGAUGUAUGUGUCUUUGAGUUGAUCAGCAGGAUGAAUGUUGUGCUGAAAGUUUCAAUAUUUCGCAUGGCUGAAUAUGCAUGACAAGUAAAUCAGCCCUCAAACUUGGACAACUUGCCUAAACUUGUGGUAGGUGAUUUUGACGUGAAACUUAACAUGGUACCUAUUU